AUGCCUCCCACAGAUCUGACUAGCCCUUCGACGAUGCUUCUUUCACAUCUUCAGCUCGAUCUCAAUACCCUAUUAGCUAGAGAUGCAAUCGACGAUGGAUUCCCAAAUCCUAGGGGAAAAAACCUUGCGAAUUUGGCGAUUGCCUUUGCUUGUCUAAGUCUCUUUUUUGUCAGCGCGAGGUUAGGGACGAGAGUGUUUAUGCAGAAGUUGGAGAUAGAUGAUUGGUUCAUUGUGCCGGCAUUGCUAAUGGCACUUGCCAUGGCAGUGACGUUCAAUAUGGAAGCCAAAAAUGGUUUCGGUCUGCACACCUCGUGGUUCUUUGCUGCUCAACUUUUGUACAAAAUCGCUUCAUGCUUCACGAAAAUCAUCAUUGUAUACAGCAUUGCAGCAGUCAGUGCCACCAUUUGGUCAUGCAAUCCCAUCGAAAAAUCGUGGAAUAAAGCUCUUCCUGGUUCGUGUAUACAAAUUGGAAAAGUUUGGUAUAGCACAUCUGUAAUGGCGAUAGUAACUGAUUUGAUAAUUAUUGUCUUACCAAUUUAUCAAAUUCGACGACUUCAACUUCCGUUAAGUCAAAAGUUUGGAUUGGUGUUAAUGUUUAGUCUUGGAUUUUUUGUCAUUGCAUGCACCGUCGUUCGAAUGGCCACAGUCGGACCAGCCAUUACUGCGACGGACACAAUGUAUUAUCAAGCGACGUCAAACUCAUGGACCUUUCUCGAAGUCAAUGUUUCCAUAAUUUGCGCUUCUUUACCAAUCUUAAAAGCUCCCAUAAUAAAGUUUUGUCCCUGGUUGAUGCGCAACAAAACGACAACGUCAGCAUAUGGUGUGAACUUCUCGAAAGAUAAUUAUGGAACCAAGAACGCACUCCCAAGUCAUGAUGGUAGUGUAAGGGGCAGUAGGAUCAAGAGUAUCACUGGGAAGACGACAACGAAUACGCCUAGGGAUAGUGACGAAGAGUUUAUCUUGGAGGAGAUGGGAAAGGGGGUGAGAAAAACGACAGAGUUUAAUGUUAGCUAUGAGGCGACGAGUAUUAAAAAUGUCGGUGGUAGGACGAGUGUAUUGAAAACUUAA